GGAUUUAUUAAGCGCGCUUGAGGGAACGCAAUGGACGGGCGACCGGGACGAUGUGAAGUGGGAAGUGGCAGUAUUAUAGCUUCCUGUGUCAUCCCCCUCCCGGAAUGGAAAGCCCUUCAUUUAUUCAUCCAAAACGCAAUCUGAUGAUGACGUUUGACUAAAAGCAAAGAUCAUCACCUCGACCCCCCUUGCCUUGGCUGCGCUGGCCACCACACCACCGUGAACCAAAACCAAAUUAGACCCGUACAUAAUUUCACAUGCACGGGACUAAAUCCUAUCUGAAUCACCCCAAGCGCUGACUGGAACACUUUAGGCGAUAAACGUCUAGCAAUCGAGUAAAUCUGCAGUGGUGGCGGUGGCUUCCUGUAGCCAAGCAUUUGAAAGAAGUAAUUUAACUUUAAGGAAGAAAGAGAAGCUACAUCAGGCGAGAUGCUGUUUCAAGGACGGUUAUGUGCGCUGGUGGGGACUACGUCGCGGCUCUCGGCUGUGACUCUCAGGACAGCUGCCUCCGAGAUACGACCCUCAGCUCUUAUGGGACUGAGAGCAAAUGCACGUGCACCAUCAGCCAUGGCCUUCAUACAGCUUCGAAACUUGCAUUCUGUCAAGUUCUCUCGCAGUUUAGAAUUCUUCUCGUCAAGCAGUGAUUUACCUUUGCCAAAGCAUACUUUUCAGCUGGGACCUGCAUAUGCAGAACAGGGUCGACCAAUGACCCUGCUGUUUUGCUGGUUAAUGUCCAAAGAAAAACACAUACGAAAAUAUGCAGAGUUGUAUAAUAACCUGGGAUUUGAUGUGCUAAAAGUCAGAAUAACGCCUUAUGAUCUUCUCCGUCCCACGAAAGGCACACAGCUUGUUGUGGAACAAGUUUUGCAGUUCCUGCAUGCAAAUCCUUCACAGAAUCCUCUAUUAAUUCAUGGCUUUAGUGUUGGGGCAUAUGUCUUCACUGAACUCAUGGUAAAG